AUGGAACUUCAACAAGAAUGGUGUAACUAUCGAAGUGUAAGUAGAGAAAAUGUGAGCAGCGAUCAACAGAAUCAACAAUUCCAGCAACAGCAACAAUAUCACCAGCAACAACAUUCUCAUCAAUAUUUGCUUCGACAGUCUUUAAUUAAUCUUACGAGCGCACACAACACUAACAGUAGUAAUUGCAAUUACGACUUAAAUAGUUCUACAACGCCGCAGAAGGCAACAGAAACUAAAUUAUUAACUCCACUUAAAAGCAGUAAAUUACAAAAGUCUAAUUCGUGUAGUUGUGAAUCUCUUAAAUGUACGACAACUAUCGUGUCUGUUACAGCUGUUCAUAACCUCCAUGGUGAUCGCUCAAAAGCAGAAAGUGAACUUUUAAUAUCAAAUGGUAGUGGUGAAAAAAAUCCUGCAUCAUCAAAUAUAUACAGCGUGGACUGUGAUGGGUUAUCUAACAUUAGAGCUGAUGAGCAGCCAUUGAUUCAGAACGAUCAUACAACUAGCAAUUAUUGCGGCAUAUCAAAGCAGAGUUCUUAUGAAAGUUAUAAUUAUGGACAAUAUCCACAGGUGCUGUCCUUAGCUGGUAAAAGUCAUAACUACCUUGACUGUACCAACACAAAUCUAGCUUCAAAUAGCCCUAAUAGUUGUGCUACCAGCAGUAGUACUGGUGGUGUUCCGUCCGCCUGUGAUGACUUCAACGAAUGCACGGGUUUUGAACUUAAUGAGAGUAAUAAAUAUACACACAGCGAUCUUAGAAACAUUGUUGUACAUAAUUUUAGUAAAUCAGAUCCGAUUACGCGUUAUAGUAAUUUGGAAGAUAGGGACGCUUCCUCAUUUUUAAAAAGCCACUACAGUGACUGUAAUAUUUAUCCUAAACCACAUUCAGGGCAACAUUUAACGAACCUCAAAAUUGAGCACGAUAAUAAUCAGUAUGGAGGUGACAAACAACAAUUAGUAAAUAAAACUUAUAUAUUUAAAUGUAUCGCAAAUAGUCCGCCGUUUAUAAAAGCAAAUAAGAUUAAAGAGCAAUCAAAAAAAUUACGAAAUUUAUCAUUAAAAACACGUACAGUUAAAAAAAAAAAUCAAAUUAUAAGUAAAACGAAUGCAGUUUCAGAUAAUUCAUUGCAUCCAGGAGACAAAUAUCUUAAUUUGUAUUUAGUUGAGAAAAAAAGUGUUCAGCAAAGUCAUACGCGUUCUUCAGUGACGGGUUCUAUUUCUUCUAACUCACCAUCUGGAAACUGCGCACGGCAAUUGCCAGCGGUUUCGGCAGUAACUAGAUAUCAACAACUUGUAGUAAACGGUUCAGUCAAAUCCUAUCCCACAUAUCGGUCUACAGUGAAAAGUGAUAUAAAAGACUACAGUACUAAUUCCUCAUUCAGUAAUAAGUUUAAACCAAGCAAAAUAAACAACAAAAACUGUAACUUGUUUACCGGUAAUGCAAACUUAAGUGUGAGUACAAAUUCAUGCAAUAAGCUGCAUGCAACACAACCUUAUGCAAUAUCUCCGAAAAGUUCAUUAUCAAGCAAUGGACAUUUAAACAAACACUUUCUCACCGAUAUAACGCGUCGAAAAACCGAAUUUAAUCGGCAACUCAGCGCACCUACCGAUUACACCCAAUCGUAUUGUAACGGAUUUCAUUUUGCAGCCAAUGAGCCCGUGUGCGAAUCAACGUCAACGGUUGCAAGUGCAGGAAUCAAUUCUGCGGGUGCUUUAAAAUCACAUCAUUGUAUUUUACCAAAACAAACUUCUUACUCAUGUACAAACAGUUUUAACCGACCUCAAAAUAAAAAAAAUAAAAACACAAAAUUAAAUGAAAGGUGA